AUGGCUCAAAGUGACUUCCUCUAUCCAGAGAACCCAAAAAGGCGACAAGAAGUAAACCGUCUUCACCAGGAGCUCCUUGACUGCUUAUCUGACAGCUUCCAUGCCACCAAUAAGCUGAUUGGGGUUUUAAACACGCACUUAGGGUGUACGUUACCUUCCAUUGAAAUGAAAAGAGAUGGGACCAUCAAAGAAAACUGUGAUAUCAUCAUCCAAGCCAUGAUGAACAUCCAAAAAGAAUUGCAAAAGGUGGAUGAAGCACUAAAAGAUAAACUAGAGCCAACUCUUUAUAGAAAACUUCAGGAUAUUAAGGAAAGAGAAACCGAGAAAAUUGCGAUAGUACAGAAGGUUAUUUCAGUCAUCCUGGGAGAAGCCACUUCUGCCGCCAGUGCAGUGGCUGUUAAACUUGUGGGCUCAAAUGUCACAACCGGCAUAAUUAACAAGUUGGUCACUGUGCUAGCUCAAAUUGGUGCGUCUCUCCUCGGUAGCAUAGGAGUUGCUGUUCUUGGCCUUGGGAUAGAUAUGAUCUUCCGUGCCAUCCUGGGAGCAGUGGAGAAAACACAGCUUCAAGCAGCCAUCAAAAGUUACGAGAAGCAUCUGGUGGAAUUCAAGUCAGCUUCAGAAAAAUAUCAUCAUGCCAUUACUGAGGUCACCAACACAGUGAAACAUCAAAUGAAAUAA